AUGCGACCUGCUACAAUAGGAAUUGUCUCCAUUGGCGACAUGGGCCUAGGCAUGGCCAGGCUCUUGAAAAGCCACAACUACCGAGUUGUCACGGUCGCAGAGGGAAGAAGCGAGCACACGAUCGCGAGAAUCCGCUCAGCGGGUAUUGAGACCCUCUCUACAGACCAAGAGUUAGUAGUGCAAGCGGACUACGUUUUGUCAAUUGUACCGCCGCGGAACGCAGUGGCGACAGCAAAACGGAUCGCAGAAGCCUACGCCUUGCCAUCGACGGCCAGUUUCCGAGAUGACAUAGAAGAUGUGGACAGCCGACCGAAGAGGUCCAAGCUAUACUACCUUGAACUCAACGCCGUACCGGCGCGACUAGCAUCGGAGAUGGCGGCGCUGUUCGACGAACCAACCACGGCCACUGAGACGCCAGGGCGGUGCCACUUCCUCGAUGGCGGAAUCAUUGGCGGCCCGCCGACAAGCACGCAAGACGUCUGGAAGAAACCUAGCGUGGUGCUCUCGGGGGCGGUGGAUCUACCUCCUGCGUUUAAGACUCUGGCCAGUGUCCUGAAUAUGAAGCUUGUCUCGCCUCGGAUUGGCGCGGCGUCCACGCUCAAGAUGUCUUUUGCGGCGUUGACAAAAGGUCUGACCGCAUUGUCUAUAUUGUCGUUCUCCACCGCACAUAAGGAAUCCCUAUUACCCGAGCUUCUAGCUUUGCUUGAAGAAUAUUCUCCGCGCACGGCGGCUCUAGCGACGAAUGGUGUGAUUGGCAUGAGUCCCAAGGCGUACCGAUGGGAAGAUGAAAUGCGCGGGAUUGGAGAAACCUUUGACACAGAAGGAGGUUGGGAUGGAGUCGGGGUCGGUGUUUAUGGAGGAUUUGCUGAAAUCUAUCGGACCAUUGCGGAGGAUACUAUAUUGGGCGAGGAGCGAGUAGAACAUCGUGUCAGAGGUACGACAGUUGAUGAUGCGGCACUAAUCAUCGCCAGCCGGAAGUCAAGUCACUAA